UCCGUAAAAUACACCAAAACGAAAGUGACGCCACGCCUUCUCUACAUUUAUUUAACUUACUUUAAUUGAAUCUUCUCUAUCAAAGUUUAUCUCUCUAAAUAAAUAAUUGCUUUCAUUUUAUAUAAUGCUAAAAUUUCAGGUUGAAAAAUCUACUUUGCCUAAAACAUACACAGUAGGAUGUGAUAACGGGAGAGAAUCGCAAGUUACCAGCAGUGUAAAGUUUCCUGUUAGACAACAUGCAACUAAAGCAGUAAAGGUUCCUCCGCCGGUAAAAGCAAAACCUGUCAAACCUAGUGAUAUAUUUUCGUCUGAUGCUGAGAUUCAUGACUUUCCACCACCUCCACCCGGUUUGACAAAUGAGUUCCCUGAACCUCCUCCCUCUUAUGCUCCUAGUAGCAGAUCUAGCAUAGAAGAUGAGCUUGAUGCACUCACUGAUAUGCUUGCACUUGGAUUGGAGAGCGCUUCAGAUCCAGACUUCUUUGGUGUUUGUUAUAAAUGUCGUCAAAAGAUAUCAGGUGAAGGAAAUGGAUGUACUGCUUUAGAAAAUACAUAUCAUGUUUCUUGUUUUGUUUGCCAAAAAUGUAAAAAAAAAUUAACUGGGCAUGAAUUUUAUUGCUUGGAUAAUCAACCAAAUUGUGAAGACUGCUACAAGAACACUUUGGAAGACUGUGUUGUGUGCAAAGAAAAAAUUACAGAGAGAAUUCUACGUGCAGUAGGGUCAUGCUAUCACCCUAGCUGUUUUACUUGCUCCAGCUGUAAUAAGAAUUUAGACAGCAUACCAUUCACAUUGGAUGCUGCCAAUGCUAUACACUGUGUUGAAUGUUAUCAGCUAAAGUUCUCACCAAGGUGUGCUUUUUGUCAAAAACUGAUCAAACCAACAAAUCAACGUGGUGAAACAGUUCAUAUUGUGUCUAUGCAAAAGAAUUUUCAUGUUGAAUGCUACAAAUGUGAGGAUUGUGAUGAGUUACUUUCAAGCGAAGAAGGCAGGGGCUGUUAUCCAUUAGACGGCCGUUUACUUUGCCAAUCUUGUAAUGGUGCAGCACAGGCGAGAAAAUCCAAUGGAUCUCGGCUUUCUACUGUGCUUUAAAGAGUUUUUUUUUUCUUCUAAAUUUGAUAUCUUUAAUUCAAUCAGUAACCUUUUUA